ACCACCACCACCACCGCCCCUCUCUUCCAGGUCACCCAUUUAGAUCCGAAUCCUUCACAUUAACCCAAAAACAGAGACACCUAAAAUAACACAAUUAGUCAAUAACCAAAGCAAAAUUAACCAGACAUUCCUCGACUUUUCUUCUUCUUGUUGUAGAUAUGCUUGUUUAAUCUAUUUGUUGCCACACCGACAGAGAGAAAUAAAAAUCUGAAAGUGGGUUUUUUGUGUGUAUUAAAUGGGAAAUGUAACAUCAAACGUGGCAGCGAAGUUCACGUUCUUCCAGCCAGACCCACCAACAUACGAUGUGUACAGGGAGGAGGACGGGAGGCUAGUGUUCCCUGGUGUCACCACCGAUAAGAACAUGGAGGUGCAUUUGUUGGAGACCAAGGUAGGUAACAAGGUCGUCGCUACCUUCUGGAGACACCCAUUUGCGAGGCUCAAGGUCUUGUACUCCCAUGGCAAUGCUGCUGACCUUGGUCAGAUGCACGAGCUCUUCAUCGAACUCAGGGCGCACCUUCGUGUCAGUAUCAUGAGCUAUGAUUAUUCUGGGUACGGAGCAUCCACUGGCAAGCCAUCUGAGUUCAACACCUACCAUGACAUAGAGGCUGUCUACAAUUGUUUGAAGAGAGAGUAUAGAAUUAAGCAGGAGGAGUUGAUUUUGUAUGGCCAAUCUGUUGGAAGUGGGCCAACACUGCACCCAGGCUCACGAUUGCAGAGACUGAGAGGUGUUGUUCUUCAUAGUGCCAUUCUUUCGGGCAUACGGGUCUUGUAUCCUGUAAAGAUGACAUUCUGGUUCGACAUUUUUAACGUAGGUUUCGUUCAAGGUGCUCUCUUCAUUGGAAGGUUCAAUCUAAUUGGACCUGGACCUGGACCUGAAAGAUUCAAAGAUAUCCAAAAUGGAUGGCCAAACCCUAACGAGGGUCAAACUAGGCACGUGCUAACCCGUAAGAUAGGUUAG